AUGUCGACAAUCGGAACGUUCAAGAUACCCAAGGUGGCCAAUGAGCCCAACCAUCAUUAUGCGAAAGGCUCAGCCCAGCGCGAGGGGUUAACGGCUGCAAUUGAGCGUCUGCAGAGCAAGGCCCCAUUCGACGUUCCCGUAGUUGUUAACGGUAAACAAGUAAGACCCAAGAACCCCCCCGACGCGCCCAGACUAGCAGUUCUCACAAUACCUUUCGCUUUCUCGCAGAUCAAGACCUCCGCCAUCCGCUCGCAACACAACCCGGCCCAUCACGCCUCCGUCGUAGCAAGGUACUCGACCGCCAGCCCCGCCGACGUCUCCAAAGCCAUCGACUCGGCCCUCUCCGCCCAGGCCGAGUGGGCAUCCCUCCCCUUCGCCGACCGCGCCGCCAUCUUCCUCAAGGCGGCCGAUCUCAUCUCGGGAAAAUACCGAUAUGAUCUCAUGGCGGCGACGAUGCUCGGCCAGGGCAAAAAUGCCUGGCAGGCGGAGAUUGACUCGGCCGCCGAGCUUGUCGACUUUUUGAGGUUCAACGUCCAUUACGCUCAGGAGAUGUAUGCUCAGCAGCCCGAGCAUAACACGCCUGGAGUGUGGAACCGGGUGGAGUACCGGCCGCUGGAAGGGUUCGUGUACGCCGUGACGCCGUUCAACUUUACGGCUAUCGCUGGGAACUUGCCCGCAGCGCCGGCGCUCCUCGGUAACGUGGUUGUGUGGAAGCCCUCGGAUUCGGCCAUUGCUUCGAACUGGCUGCUGUAUCAGAUUCUGUUGGAAGCCGGCCUCCCCAAGAAUGUGAUCCAGUUUGUGCCCGGCGACGCGGAGGAGGUCACGAGGACCGUGCUGGCUCAUAGGAAGUUUGCGGCUUUGCACUUCACCGGAAGCACGGCGGUCUUCCGCAAGCUCUACGGAGCUAUCGGUGCCGGAAUCGCCGAAGGCAGAUUCCAGUCGUACCCGCGAGUUGUGGGAGAGACCGGCGGCAAGAACUUCCACCUCAUUCACGAGUCCGCAGACGUUGAGAAUGCGGUCAUUAACACCGUUCGUGGUGCUUUCGAGUAUCAGGGCCAGAAGUGCAGCGCCACGUCGAGGGUGUACGUGCCUUCGUCGAUAUGGCCGGAGUUCAAGGAGCGCUUGGUCGAGGAGACCAACGCUCUCAAGAUCGGCAACCCUUGGGAGCACGGAAACUUCAUCGGCCCCGUCAUCCACGAGGGGUCGUUUAAGAAAUUGAUGGGCGUCAUUGAGCAGGCCAAGUCCGACGAGGAGCUAGAGCUGCUCGCGGGCGGCAAGUACGACGGCUCUACGGGCUACUUCAUCCACCCUACGGUCUACCUGACCAAGAACCCCGCCCACAGGCUCCUGUCGACCGAACUCUUCGGCCCGGUGCUCACAGUAUACGUCUACGACAACCAGUCGGGCGACUCGACGCAAGCCUUCCUCGACGCCUGCGACCUCGUCAACUCAACCUCGGAGUAUGGACUGACGGGAUCUGUUUUUGCCACCGACCGCCAAGCCGUGCGAGCCGCCGAGGACAAGCUGCGUGACGCGGCGGGCAAUUUCUACAUCAAUUGUAAGAGCACGGGCGCCGUGGUUGGGCAGCAGCCGUUCGGAGGUAGCAGGGCUAGCGGGACGAAUGAUAAGGCAGGAAGCCAGAACUUGCUGGGCAGGUUUGUGAGCGUGAGGAGCAUCAAGGAGGAAUUUAACGCGACGACCAAGGUCACGUAUCCCAGCAAUGAGGUGUAA